GCUCUCCCAAAUGCAUACCUUGUCGUUCCUCUCUUAAAGCCCUCUCCACCAUAUAUGUAAAUGUAUCCACAGCUCGUUCCGUUUUAUCUAAGGUCUUAUUAUGUACAAAUCGCACGCCCUCGCGUCCUCUAUUCCCUCGUUGUGACUCUGCUGUGUGUUUAUUUGAUCCUGCUCGCUCUCGGCUCUUAUCUUCUUGCCAUAUUUUUUUUAUCACACCCACCGAUUCUGGAUUCAGAAGUCAGUCAGAAAAGCAAAGCAAGCCAGCAAAGCCAACUGGGAAAGACGCCACAGGCUUCGGUCGUGAGUUGCUGCUUAUAAUCUUGGGGCCUGUCUCUCGUUGCCACAUGACCUACCACGCCCAAUAAGUAAUAUCUCUCGCCGGGCCACAUUCGCUACCUAAACCGCUAUUCAUCGCCCGACCGCUCGCUGUCUCGAAUCGAAAAUAACCGAAUCCGCCGUCGUCACCUGCACCCAUAUCCACCAACAAACAACAAUAACUGCAACUGCGCGGCCUACAUCGCUCCACUACUUUUACCAGCUUACCUUCUAAUUUACUCUGCAGCACGACUGGAGGUUUUCCCCGCAGCAACACUGCUGCCUGCGCCACAAAUUUACACCAACGGCUCGAAUCACGCUAUUUUGCAAGCUCCCAGCUUUCUCUGUUCACCUGGGAAGACAAUACAACUUAACGCGCCAUUUUUUCUUCUUCCCUUUUUUACGUGAGGGAGAAGAGGGACUCAGGGGAACUCUCUCAAGGAAAGAGAGGGCGCUUCUCUUCCAACGCUGAUUGUUCUUACGCGACAGCUGUCCUCGGACAGCGCAAGUUGAAUAUCCGUCCUCAUGUUUCGCCAACGAACGAGCGCGGCGAAGCCGGGGGACGAGCUCCUGGCUACCUUCAGGGAACAGUUUCCGCAUCUUUCGAGUACUGGUGAACCGAGCGCAUCGUCGGCUGUUGCCGUGGCCAACAUCGCCGCCCCAGCCCACCCAGGCGCUCUUGUUGCUCCUCAAGACAGAUCUCAACCUAUAAGCCAUGAGGCCUUCCGGGACCAAGAUCCCACGCCUAGAGCGUCGGGGAACGAGCUCUUCAAAUUUACCCCCUCGCUGAUGGACCCGAAUUCAUUCUCCUUUGCCAAUUUCGCAAAUGCGCCCCCGGGUUACUACACCCCAACCCCGGGGGGAACCAACACACUCUACCACCCUCAAGCUGGCGACUUGCAUACGCCAUCACUUGGUCUCGGCAUGGGUAUUGGUACUCCGUUGUCGAUGCCCACAACUGAAGCGGCUCAUAUGCACUCUACUACUGCCAUGAUAGAUAUGGGUGGCUACCACCAUGGGAUUCAUCCGCCACACCCGCAGCAGCAUCAGUUUCACCCGCAGGCUCAGUUCCAUCAUCCGUUUAUCCAGCCACCACAGCCACAACAAUCGUUUGCGCCAUCCACAUUUGUCCAUCAAGAUACCGGUUAUGAAACAAUGGACCAGGACGGCUCUCCCAUGGAGUCGGACGCCGCCGAUGACAGGAUGGUUGCCAUCGACUCUACUUUCUCCGCUCAGGGUGGAAUGGUAGGAUUUCAACCAAGAACAUUUAUGCCUUUGAACGUUGGGCUUCCUGCCUCCGCCGAAAAGUUUCGUUUCCACUCAACCCUGAAUGCACCCACGGCCAUGAUUAAGCAUGCAGAUGAGAUUCCUGUGACUUAUCUCAACAAAGGCCAAGCCUAUUCCCUUUCGAUCGUCGACACCACACCCACAAUACCAAUACAGCCGGGCACACGCUUCCGAACUUUUGUACGCGUUUCAUUCGAAGAUGAGCAGCAGAGGCAAAAACCCGGCGUAUGCUGGAGCUUAUGGAAGGAGGGCAGGGGUACCAACGAGGCCCACCAAAGAGGGGGCAAGCUCCAGGCUGUGGAGUAUGUCGAGGCUGGGCAGCCUGCUGAAGGCGACGACAAGAGGACCAGAAUCGAGCUCGAAACGUCAUCGUUCGAUGGGUUCUCGGUCAUCUGGACUCCUGGUAUCCAUGGGGCUGCGGAAUGCACAAUUGCAGUUCGUUUCAACUUCCUCUCAACUGACUUCAGUCACUCAAAGGGAGUCAAGGGUAUUCCAGUAAGGCUUUGCGCCAAGACAAGUGCGCUACCUUUGGAUAACUCCCAGACCAGCCCUGAUCCCGCAGCAACUGAGAUCUGCUACUGCAAAGUCAAGCUAUUCCGCGACCAUGGAGCCGAGCGAAAGCUGGCAAAUGAUGUGCAGCACGUCAAGAAAACGAUUGAUAAGCUCAAGCAGCAAAUUACACAAGCUGAGAGCGGUAUGAAGGAUUUCAACAAGCGCAAGAGAUCCUCGGGUGCACACAACAGGGGCCAAGAUGCUCAGCGCCCUGGCAAAGUGCAAAAACACAAGCGCACCUGGUCAAUGUCGUCAACAAGCUCUGCGGGUGCCCAAAGGCCGCCGCUCGAGGAGGACCUCCACUUCAAACUUCAAACACUCCAGGACAUGUUCACCAGCACCCGACCUGUCAGCAUUCUUUACCUUCGUGGCGAGGAUUUGGAUGACCCGGAUCUUCACCCGGUGGCAUUGCCAGGGGAUUCUUUGGAACUGGCCAAGGCAGAGUCGCGAGAAGGGUCAGCCUGGCAAGCUAGGGGAAGUGGGCGCAGCUCCGUAGCUGGUUCCUCUCUCGUGUCACCGUCCCCAAGCUCGCUUUCGCUACACUCACAAGCAUCAGCUGCCAACGCACAGUGGCAGGAUUUUGACGAGACAGCUCCAGCUGCACGUCAAGGUUCGGACCAGCCUGUCAAGGUCAAUAAGACGGACGAUACCGGCAGCCUGACUGGCUGGAUUGAAGCGCUUGGUGUUGAUGCAUCGUACAAGCCUCCACCAGAGCGUAGCACAAAACCUGUGGCAUGCUUCUAUAUCCUACGCCGACACCCCGGUAACCCCGAUGCUAAGGAAUUUCAUCGUGCUAUUUACCUCAUGCAACGCAACCUCAAGGAGUUCGUAUCUCGCGUGGCCGCGAAAUGGGGCAUCGACCAGACGAGCGUUACGCGGGUAGUGCAUGCCCUCGACAGAGGACUAGAGGUGGAAAUGGACGACGACGUCAUUGCCGAACUUCCCGAAGGCCAAGACAUGAUCCUGGAAAUAACCGAUCUCACCAACGCAACAUCGGUGAAGAGAGAAUGGGAGAUGUCGGUGGACGACCAGAGCGACAACGACGCCGUCUCAACACGCACGGCGACCAAGAGUAGCUAUGAGUUCCGGCUUACAUUUUGAGCCGCUUCUCCUAUGAUUCUCCUAUUCGACCUCGCAAAGUACAUGAACAGAUCAAUUACCUUUCCGUACACGAAACCUUUAGACUUGGACCUUUUUUUCAUGGCACGAGUUCGUGUCAUGGCCUGAUUCAGCUGAUGAGCACACGAUCAAAACACGACAUGGAGGGUGGCGUCUUUGCGAUUUGGCGUUCCAAUUCUGUUCUCGAGAUACCAUGUCCCUGGACGGGCAGCUAUUUUGCUUGUUAAUUUUACUUUCAGCGGUAUCGCACGACUUGGCCUAAUGUCCACGAGUGUGUUCUGUUUUUCUUUUUUUUCCCCCUUUGUUAUUUAUUUUUUUAUUUAUCUUAGAACGGGUACCUUUUGACUUCUGGCUACACAAGCCAUUCACUUUGGCAUUCAUGUCGAAUUGUUUAGGGAAAACAUGGCGGAUCGUGAAGGUCCGUAGCUGGGUUAGACAUUCAUAUUUUGGUGAAGAGUCACUUGAGGAUUUAUUGUUCGAUAUAUCACACAUGCCACAAAGUAGCAUCAUGGCUGUUGCAUUUCGACUUUGCGGAUGCAGCUUCAUAAUCCUCUAGUACAUUUGUGUUACUUUGUCAACUGUAUUGUUUCUUUUUCAUGAUACACUUGAGCAUUUCGUUUUGGAUUUUUGGAGGUCGAGUUACGUCGAAAUAAAGCGACAUUCAACUAUCUACAUAUUUUUAUAUAU